AUGGCCUCAGCUAAGAGAAAAGCCAACCUAAUCGGGCCAAAUCUCGAAUACAUUGAUACCCGACAUGAUUCCGACUCAAAAAGGCAAAAGACGGUACAUCAUGACAAAAGGAAGAGAAGGAAAUCCAACAAGUCGAGAGAGGAACCGGUCCAAGCGCAGUCCUUGCCUUCACAAGACACCGAUACUAGCCAACAAAACACAUCUCAAGAGGAUCCUGUAAUACACCAUCCUGUUCUUUCGGCAUAUUUUCAGACGCUUCUUCCGCUUCGUCAAUACUUGUUGUUGGCCCUUAAAUCAUCAAAGUCGAUCGCCACAAGUUUAAUAUCUCGGAAGAAAAGACUCUCAAGAUUCGGAUCCGAUGGAUCAUUAUUACAUAAUGAGGUGGUACGAUUGUUGGAUACUGUUAUUGUUGGAUUAUUGAAACCAACCAGUGAAGUUGACGGGUCAGAUGCCUUCGUGGAGAAAGCACUAGCCGAGAAACUAAACGCUACACAAGAUGAGAGGGUGGCAAGCUCUCAAAACGAGCUUGUUGAUUGUAGUAUCGCAAUUCUCCUCCAGAAGGCACGGGCAAACCGCAACUGGGCAAACUCGCCGCUUGCGUCUGGCUAUCGAAUAAUCGAUAACAAUGCUCACUCGAAAACUGUCACUAAGUUUCGACAGUUUGGGGUAGAUGUUAUAUCAUUAUUUCCGAACCCUCAUUCUGUAGAGUUUAGAAGUCAGGCUUGGAAAAUGAUCACUGAUAUAGUUGGUCAAGAAACAAUACUCAAGCUCCUAUCUAUGCAGGGGGACAACGAGGGCGCCGUAUUAUUCCCACUUAGCGAUAAAGUGCGACGAGGCUAUCGUCUAAGUUCUAUAUCUACAAAAUGCUACCAACAAUAUCUUGGGAGUGCACUGUCAGAGAUCCAACUUGAGAAGAAAGUCGAGAGGGCCAAGUCAGUAGAGGAUGGGGAUGUGAGCAUAGAGGUAACGUUUUCAAGAAAACAGAAGAAUCUAGAAACCGUACUUCGAAAACCAAGCGAGAUCCGUUUCGUGAGGUCUAGGAUGUUCUACGGAAAACCGGCUAACAACAAGAACUCCGAACCUAAAACGGGACUGCCUCAUAUCCAUGUCCUUAAUCGAUUUUACAAUUUCAAAAAGCGGGACAACAAUGUCCACGUCCUGAAAUACAUAUUUCCCCGAGCAUUCGGUUUGCACAAUGUAUUCACUUCGACUGUGGAUAAACAAGAUACCGCACAGAUAUUCAAAGACUACACCCUCCGAGAGGAUGAAAUAGACUUGAUGAUCAGCAAGUCAAAAGAUGAUAGGAGGCUCAGAAAAAUCUUGAAGAAAAAACAAGAAACAGAGCCUGGUUGUCCAGAUGACAAUGACGAACUUCAUCAUGGGCACGUCACACCACCUAGUCCUUUACCGGAUAUCAAUAGGAAAGAAGGUAGGGCGUAUGAAACGGUGGAGAACUUACCGCAAAGAUUCCGUGGGAGAAUCCCACAUUUGGUGGGAGAACUAGUCCGUCUACAGCGGAGGUGCAAAUACCAUCCACUUUUGCAACAUUAUUGCUCUUCUUCGGUUAUCAAUACUACCGCACCAGACCCGCGCCCCAGGGUUCCAGCCCCCCCACCAUCAACACAGGUUUCACCACUAGCAACAAUGCCCUUUAAAACGCAAGUGAGCAAUCGUCGAACUUCAGGCGGGUCAAGGAGCAAGAGGACGUCACUGCAAGGAACAAUCCCAAUAACCCCUCUCAAAAAAACUGAUCCCGGCGAAAUUAGCCCGCAGGAUCCCAUGUUGCUUUUUACAACCAGCUCGCACAGUGUAUAUGCUUUCAUCAGAGCUGUGAUAAGCAAUAUAAUUCCCUUGGAAUUUUGGGGGACUGGAAAGUCGGUCCUCAAGAACCGCGAUGUUUUCUUUGGUCACAUGGAGACCUUUGUGAAAUUGAGAAGAUAUGAAACUCUGUCACUGCACGAUGUAGUGCAAGGCUUUAAGUUAACGGAUUUCACCUGGCUCCACCAAAAAGAGCCCAAUGCUAAUGGCAAGAUCAGACUUGAUGCCGCAGACACCAAACACUGCACUUCUCUCUUCGCUGAAUUCAUCUACUACCUCUUCGACUCCCUUGUAAUCCCUUUAAUCCGCGCCCAUUUCUAUGUCACCGAGUCGACAACAGACAAAAACCGCACUUGCUACUUCCGCCAUGACGUCUGGCGAAAGCUCACCACUCCGCACGUCAACAAAAUGAUCUCAGUUAUGUUUACGGACGUCACGUCUCAAAGAGCGAGGGCGAUAAUGCAACGGAGAGCUGCAAAAUUUAGCACUGUCAGAUUAUUACCUAAAGUCGCAGGUGUUCGAGUUCUGAGUAACUUAAAACGCAGACCGAUGGAAGUAGAUACCAAAACUGGUCUUAGGACGCUUGGAAGAAGUAUCAAUCAAAUACUCAAACCUAACCAUGCAGCCUUGACAUUUGAGAAGAAUAGACAACCGCAGGCUGUUGGUGCUUCGCUAUUCUCAAUGAAUGAAGUUUUGAGAAAAAUAACCGAAUUUAAAGACCGGCUAGUCUCCCAAGGAGCCUUCGGUAAGCAGAAAUUAUACUUUGUCAAAGUCGAUGUCACAUCUGCUUUCGACACGAUACCACAACAACGGCUACUCGAGGUAAUAGAACAGUUGUACAUGGAAAACACCUACAAAAUCCGAAGACAGGGCCGAGUAGCCUUGGGUUCUGGUAGAGCUGGAGAAGCAAAACCAAAGAUAUCCUUCCCUCAGAUCGGAGAACCCGGUGAUAACGAAGAAUUCUCCAUGGAACGAAACAAAAACAACAUUGAAAAUUCCGGUAUGGAGAAGAAGAGUUUGAUAUUCAUAGAUCGUGUCGCCUGUGUUUAUCAUGAACGAGAUGCAUUAAUCAGAGAGCUCAGAGAACAUGUAGUAAAUAACUUCGUUCAGAUCGGUAAACGUUUUUACCGUCAAAGCCUCGGUAUCCCCCAAGGAUCCGUAAUGUCUACUUUGCUUUGCAACCUCUUCUACGCCGACCUUGAAGCCCAUGAACUCCCGUUCACUCAGGCCAAAACGGGCCUCUUAAUGCGGCUCGUAGACGACUUCCUUUUCAUAACAACAAAUCGGGAUCACGCUAGACGUUUCUCAGACGCAAUGCACACUGGAUUCCCGGAAUAUGGUGUUACAGUCAAGCCCGAAAAGUCAUUAGUAAACUUCGAAGCCGACUUUAAUGGACGGAAAAUCGAAAGAGUGUUUGGGAAUACGCCGGGGUUCCCCUAUUGUGGUACUCUAAUUAACGAAAAGACACUUGAAAUCAGGAGAGACUGGGCUCGAAGAGACGGUUUGCUCGUUAGUAAUCUAUUGACUAUAGAUCAUGGAUCGAAACCUGGUUUGAAGAUGGUGGAUAAAGUUUCUAGUGGCUGGAAACUCCUCUCUAGUGCCAUCUAUCUAAACACAACCAUCAACUCCCGCCCAACGAUAGUGGUAAACCUUUACUGGAGUUUCGUUGACGCCGCCAUGAAGUUUUAUAGAUAUUACCGCGGCCUCUCAUUCCGCCCAAAACAAAUCAGAAGGAAGAAGGCUCCCAAGCGCCCGCAACAAGGAAACGAGAAACAGAUAUUAAAUAUGAUAUCGGAAUUCAUGUCAUUGGCUUAUACCCUUCUCAUGUCUCGGGAGAAACGCGAGUAUGAUGAGGAAGGUAAUGUGAUACCGAAAGAGGGACUGAUAGGAAGGAUCCAGAUUAGGUGGCUUGUAGCGAAAGCGUUCUUGAGAGUGCUGGGGAGGAAACAGACCUUAUUUCCUAAGGUUCUGAAUUGGUUAGAGGGGUGUGUGAAGGCGAGUGCGGGUAAAGUCGAUUGGGUGUUUUAUAAGGCGGUGGAGGAUGAAGAGAUUAACGAGAUAUUUGAUACGAUGAGGUAUUGA